GGCCCCUGGAACGGCGUGUCCGGUGCUCUGCCUCCCCUUCCUUCACCCCCCUUGCUCUGCCCCCCGCUAGGUCGGAAAAGGCGAAAUCAGGAAGGUUCCCGUGCCGGCCAACAGGUACACUCCCUUAAAGGAGAACUGGAUGAAGAUAUUCACGCCUGUCGUGGAGCACUUGCAACUUCAGAUCAGGUUUAACUUGAAAACAAGAAACGUCGAAAUCAAGACAUGUCAAGAGACAAAGGAUCUCAGUGCUCUGACGAAAGCAGCUGAUUUUGUGAAAGCAUUUAUACUUGGGUUUCAAGUAGAGGAUGCUCUUGCUCUCAUCAGAUUAGACGAUCUUUUCCUAGAAUCGUUUGAAGUUACAGACGUCAAGCCUUUGAAAGGAGAUCACCUGUCAAGAGCAAUAGGGAGAAUAGCAGGGAAAGGCGGAAAAACAAAAUUCACAAUAGAAAACGUAACCAGGACACGAAUAGUUCUUGCUGACGCGAAAAUUCAUAUUUUGGGAUCUUUCCAGAACAUUAAAAUGGCACGAACAGCAAUUUGCAAUCUAAUUUUAGGAAGUCCUCCAUCAAAAGUCUAUGGCAACAUUCGGGCAGUGGCCAGCCGAGCAGCUGAAAGGUUCUGAGCUGCACCACCAAGGACUGGGACUGGGCAGUGUGGUUUCCAUACACAGGAGGGGCCUGGAGCCACACAAGCACUCAGUCCUCUGCUUGACUUGGAAGCCCAGAAGAAAACCAGGACUGUUUGUGUGGUCUAAUUUCUGUAUAGUCAUUAAAAGUUAUUUUAAAUUGGUUGUGUCUGUAUCAGAAGUAUGGGUACCUGAUUUUACUUAAACUUAUCCUCAAACAAAACUACGCUUCAUUACUGACCUUCUG